UGCUUGUAUAACUGUGUUGUGAGCUAGUGCAGAAGACACUGACUGCUUACAGGCUGGCCUUCUUAUCAUCCCUGCUGGAUGCAAUGCCACCUCGUCCUACUACCUUACUUGUCACACAGCUGACUCAGUGGUGCUGGUGCUGGUGCUGGGUCAGCUGUCUGAUGAGGAGGCCAUCGUUUUGAUAUAAGAAAUUUUCCAGGCAAUCUUACAUAGUAUCCAGAAUCCAUUGAUAUUGACCAGGUCGAGAGAUCCACAUCCAACCAUGACCUACAUCAAUACAGGCAGCAUUACUGCCAUUGGCAUAAUCUUUUCAGUCCUUGCCAUCAUUUCGUUUGCCAUCCGAGCAUCGGGAUGGCGAAGGUAUCCGCGAAACCUCGAGAUUGAUGACAUUCUGAUUAUCCCGGCUGCAUUACUUACCAUAGCUGCCGGCGUUGCGAUGGUGAUAGGGGCUCAACUGCACAUUCUUGGGAAUCAUUCCGUCCCAGCCAUCACCCGUACAGAACAAGACCAGCUUGGAAAGCUCGAGUACGCUUUUUGGAUGGGCCAUGUGAUCGACGUAGGCUUGAUCAAAUUGGCACUGUUGUUCUUGUUUCGUCGUAUCUUCAAAGGCACUGCCUACAGAACCACCUUUGACUACGCCAAUUGGACGCUCAUCAUUCUGGUCAGCCUCUGGACCAUCGUCUUUUUCAUUUUUGAAAUCUUUGCAUGCGAUAGAAACGCGGAUGCAAGCUGGUCCACUCUAUACUCGCUGCGUCAUAUCUGUAUGGAUACGUUCGCGAUGCAAACUGGCUUCGCCGUCUUCUGUUGGGCUAUGGAUAUGGCCAUUUUGAUAGAACCAAUCUGUAUGGUCAUACCGCUACGGAUGUGUUUUCGGGAGAAGCUCCAAGUCUGUCUUGUCUUCUGCUGUAGUAUCUUCGCAGUGAUUGCGGGAUUCUUGAGGAUGAUAGUUUGGAUUCAAAUUGAAGUCCAGGACACUACACCCCAAUACAUCAAGAUCCUUGCCACAAUUCUGCCAACCGUUGAUCAGGAAGGCAUCGUCUCCAUCAUUCUAUUCUGGACAUAUAUCGAGAUGGGAGUGGGAUUUCAGGCUGAUGAUUAG